UGGAGGAGCUUCUCGGUCGUAUGCAGAAGGAGUCCUGCACACAGGAAGAUGCUCUUCUUGGUGGUGCUGCUAACAGAUGUGCUGCUGGCCACAGGAGUAUCAGGGUCAUCGAGUUCUUUGCUUCAGGAGUCAGCAGCUUCCCGUUGCAGCCUUUUUGGGACUGACCACAUCAAAACUUUUGAUGGCUCCUUCUACAGCUUUGCUGGGGACUGCAGUUACCUCCUUGCUGGUGACUGUCACAAGCGCUCCUUCACCCUCUUAGGUGACUACCAGGAUGGGGAGAAGAUUGGCUUCUCUGUGUACCUUGGAGAGUAUUUCAACCUUCGCUUUUCUCUAGAUGGAAAGGUGAUGCAGGAAGACAAAAGGGUUUCCAUACCUUUUGCCUCCAAUGGCAUAUUUAUAGAGAAGGAAGCAGGUUAUUAUAAAAUAUCCAGCACUGAGCAUGGCUUUGUGGUGAAGAUUGACACCAGUGGCAAUAUUCAGAUCCUCUUCCCAGAGAAGCACUACAAUAAGACCUGUGGCUUGUGUGGCAACUUCAAUCAGUUUGCUGAAGAUGACUUCAGAACUCAGGAAGGGAGCCUUGUGGCAAACAGCUAUGAUUUUGCAAACUCCUGGGCUUUGCACAGUGAAAACAAGCGGUGCAAGAGAGUGCAGACUCCAAGCAACACCUGCAACAUUUCAUCUGACAUUGCAGAGAAGGGUGUCAUGGAAACCUGCCAGCUGCUAAGAACGUCUUCGACCUUCUCCCGGUGCCACCAUCGAGUCGAUCCAGAGCCAUACAUCGAGCUGUGUGAGAGAGAUGUCUGCUCCUGUAGACAGCACAUGGACUGUCAUUGCUCAGUGUUCCUUGACUAUGCAAGGAGCUGUGCUCAGGAAGGAGUGAUUCUGGAUGGGUGGCCUGAAGAGAGCUCAUGCAGGCCAAGUUGUCCAGCUGGCAUGGAAUAUAAGGAAUGCGUGUCCCCUUGUGCCAGAACCUGCCAGAGCCUGAAUAUCAAUGAAGUGUGUCACGGACAAUGUGUUGAUGGCUGCAGCUGCCCUGAGGGGAAGCUUCUUGAUGGGGAACACUGCAUUGAAAGCUCUGACUGCUCCUGCGUCCACUCUGGAAAACAUUAUCCUCCUGGCUUCACCAUCUCUCAGGACUGCAACUCAUGCAUCUGCAGACGUGGCACCUGGAUCUGUAGCAACGGGGAAUGCCCAGGAGAGUGCUCUGUCACUGGCCAGUCCCAUUUCAAAAGCUUUGACAACAAGUAUUUCACCUUCAGUGGCGUUUGUCAGUACCUAUUUGCCAAGGACUGCGUGGACAAUUCCUUCUCUGUGAUCAUCGAGACGGUGCAGUGUGCAGAUGAUCCUGAUGCUGUGUGCACUCGCUCGGCCUCUGUCCGAAUCCGGGAUAUGGACAACAGCCUCAUUAAGCUGAAACAUGGAGGAGGAGUUUCCCUGAAUGGGCAAGACAUACAGAUCCCUUUACUACAAGGUGCCCUCCGUAUGCAGCGCACCGUGAGGACUUCCGUUCGCCUCACCUACGGGGACGAUCUGCAGAUUGACUGGGAUGGCCAUGGGGAACUCCUGGUGAAGCUGUCUUCGGUCUAUUCCGAGAGGAUGUGUGGGCUGUGUGGAAAUUACAACGGUAACCAAGGGGAUGAUUUUCUCACACCUUCUGGCAUGGUGGAAGCACUCCUGGAAGACUUCGGAAACUCCUGGAAGCUCAAUGCAGACUGCCAAAACUUGUUGAAACAAGACAAUGAUCCCUGCAAUCUCAAUCCUCGCUUAGCCAAAUAUGCUGAGGACUCCUGCUCAGUUCUGAUGUCCCCUGCGUUUGAACCCUGCCACCAUGAAGUCAGCCCCGCUCCCUACGUGAAGAACUGCCGGUUUGACGUUUGCUCCUGCUCCAGUGGCAAGGAUUGCCUGUGCUCUGCCAUUGCUCACUAUGCAGCAGCCUGUGCUAGGAAGAGUGUCCAGGUCGAGUGGAGAGCACCUGACUUCUGUCCAAUGAUCUGUCCUGAAGGCCAAGUGUACCAACAGUGUGGGACACCAUGCAACCAGACCUGCAGAUCUCUGUCCUACCCGGAUGAAGCCUGUGAUGACCUCUGUGUGGAAGGAUGCUACUGUCCCCCUGGGCACUACCUGGAUGAGCAUGAGCAGUGUGUGCCCAGGUCUCAGUGCUCCUGCUAUUAUGAUGGUGAAAUCUUCCAGCCAGAGGACAUCUUUUCAGAUCAUUACAGCAUGUGGGCUUGCAUUUCAGUUUGCAGCCCUGCAUCUGGCUGGUUUCCUGGUUUUGGUGUGGCUGUACGCCAUGAAAACAAGUGUGUUGCUCCUGAGAGGUGCCCGUGCUUCCACAAUGGGAGAGAGUAUGCCAAGGGAGAAACAGUGACUAAAGACUGCAACACCUGUGUGUGUCAUGGCAGAAAGUGGAACUGCACCCAGAAUGAAUGUGAUGGAACCUGUACAGUGAUUGGCACUGCUCACUAUGUCACCUUUGAUGGGCUGAAAUACAAGUUUGCAGGAAACUGUCAGUAUGUGUUAGUCCAGGAUUUCUGCAAGGAUAACUCUGGAACAUUCAGGAUACUCAUCUCAAAUGAAGGCUGUGGCUUCACAGGGGAGAAGUGCACCAAAAGGGUUCUCCUUCUGUAUGGAGGUGGGGAAACAGAGCUGUUCAAUGGAAACGUGAACAUCAAAGUACCUCCUAAGGAUGGCAAUGAUAUAGAAGUGAUGAGGUCUGGCCGUUACUACAUGAUUUUACUGGGCAAAAGCAUCAGUGUGACCUGGGACCUGGCCAUGGGAGUCUCAGUUAUCUUAAAAGGCAAUUUCAAAGAUCAAGUGUGUGGUCUGUGUGGAAAUUUUGAUGGAAUCCAAAACAAUGAUUUGACCAGCAGCAAUGAACACCUUGAAGUAGAUCCAGUUGACUUUGGGAAUUCUUGGAAAGUUAAUCCAUACUGUGCUGAUGUUGAAAAGCCCAACCAGCAACAGACCUUGACGUCUCCACUGUGUGAUGGGAAUGUAGUGAAGCAGAUGAUGGUAGAAACCUCAUGCAACAUUUUGGCUGGGGAGCUCUUUGAAGAAUGCACAAAACUUGUAAAUCCUGAGCCCUACAUAGAUAUUUGCAUGUAUGACACCUGUGCUUGUGAAUCUAUUGGGGACUGUGCUUGCUUCUGUGAUGCCAUAGCAGCCUAUGCACACGUGUGUGCACAGAAAGGGGUUGCUGUCCACUGGAGAUCAGCAACUCUGUGCCCACAAAGCUGUCAGGACCUGAAUAAGCAGGAGUUAGAUUAUCAGUGUGAAUGGAGGUAUAACAGCUGUGGACCUGCUUGUCCCACGACGUGCCAGCACCCACAGCCUUUGGAGUGCCCUCUGCGGUGUGUGGAAGGAUGCCACGUACAUUGUCCUGCAGGGAAAAUACUCGAUGAGCUGUCCCUGGAUUGUGUCACUCCAGAAGAGUGUCCCAUCUGUGAAGUUGGAGAGACCAAGAUCCCACAUGGAAAAAGAAUAGUUUUGAGCAGAGAUGAUCCACAGCACUGUCAGUCUUGUCUGUGUGAGGGGAAGAACUUAACCUGUGUAGCCUGUGAACCGGUGGAAGACACCCUGAUGCUGACAACCCCUAUUCCAGAGGAGGACAUUGAACUCCCUCCCAGCGAAUACUCCUGCAGCAAGAUGAUGGACUUGGCCUUCCUAAUGGAUGGCUCCAGCAAACUGUCAGAGACAGACUUUGAACAGCUGAAGGCUUUCAUAAUUAGCAUGAUGAGGAAACUCCACAUCUCCCAAAAGAAAAUCCGAGUGUCCGUUCUACUCUAUGGGACAGGCACCACCACCUAUCUUGGCCUUAAGGACGUCAAGAAACAAUCCCAGAUGAGAAAAAUUGUCCAAGGCAUAAAAUACAUGGGGGGUGAAAAAACAUCUGUCCCUGAAGUCCUGAAAUAUGUUCUGUAUCACGUGUUUGAAAAGGCAGAGAGGACCAACGCUGCCCGGAUCGCAAUGCUCUUCAUAGCGAACAAGUCCGAGGGCAAGCUCCGCAACAUCGUCACCGUGAUGAAGAACAAGAAAAUUGCAGUGAUGCCUGUGGGCAUUGGCCCCCACAUUAGCAAAGGACAGAUCAGGUUCAUUGAAGAGCAGUCACAAGAUAACAAAGCCUUCCUAGUGAACAACAUGUUAGAGCUGAUGGAUAGCAUGGAUCUCCUCAUCGAUCACCUCUGCGCUCUCGGACCCGAUGAAAGUUCUCUGUUGCACUCUACGUCCGCUCCAACAAUAUCCAGCGUCUUAUUUCCCUCCUUGGGACUCACAGCACCACCCCCCCUUUCAAAAGAGCCCACUGCCAAAAAGCUGGAUGUUGCCUUUAUUGUGGAAGGAUCUGACCAUGUAGGGGAGGAAAACUUCAGCAUUGUCAAGACGUUCCUUGAGAGGGUGAUCACGGGGAUGAAUGUGGGGCAGGAGGAUAUUCACGUCACAGUAAUGCAGUAUUCAGAGGGGGUCACUCUGGAGUAUUCCUUUAGGGAAACACAGUCAAAGGAAAGUAUUAUUGAGAAGGUGAGGAGCAUCCCCUACCAAGGAGGGAAGGCUACCAACACUGGGAAUGCUCUUGACUAUAUUUCCAAGCAUACAUUUACAGCAGUGAACGGGGGCAGGCAGGAUGUCCCUCACUUAGUAUAUAUGGUGUCAUCCAGUCCCUCCACGGAUGUCAUCACACGACCUCCCAGCAGCAUAAAUGUUAUUCCCAUAGGCAUAAGUCCCAGUGUAAAUAUCCAAGAGCUCAGGCAGAUCAGUCAGCCUAAUGAACCAAUUAUCUUGCAUAGUUACACUGCACUUCUCAGAGAAGCCCCUGAAUUAGUGCUGCAGUCGUGCUGCUCCCGGAAACUCCCGGCAGGAAUUCCAGAGUUGUGCAACAAACCAAUGGAUGUCAUGUUUCUUCUGGAUGGAAGUUCCAAUGUUGGAGCAGCAGAAUUUGAGGAAAUGAAGAACUUUGUCCGGGCAUUUAUUGAAAGUGUUGAGAUCAGCAAUACUUCAAUUCAUGUGGCAGUUCUCCAGUAUGCCAGGCAAAACCAUCUAGAAAUUGCAUGGAACGUGCCUCAAGAGCCUGCAAGGCUGGUAGAGAUGCUGCACUCCAUCCAACAAAGGGAGCAAGGUCCUAACAGACUGGGAUCAGCCAUUGAUUUCGUCGUCCAGAAUGCCAUGGCGGAAUCUCAUGGAGGGAGACCCAGCGCAUCCAAAGUGGCCAUAGUCAUCGUGUCAGGGAGAUCAGAAGACACCCUGGAGGCUGCUGCACUUGCUGCAAGGAUGAACAGGGUAUCCCUGUUUCCAGUUGGAGUUGGGAGUGGGUAUGAUGAAGAGCAGCUAAGGACUUUGACUGGGCCAUCAGCUGCUAACAGAAUCAUGAAGCUUCAGAAUUUUGAAGACUUAUCCACCAUGAUCACUUUGAACAGUGAAUUCAUCAACAAAGUGUGCAUGGACCCUGUCAGAGAAUGCAUAGAUGAGGAUGGAAACAAAAAGAAACCUGGUGAUAAAUGGACAUUAGCAGACCAGUGCCACACUGUGACAUGCUUUCCAGGAGAUUACACAGUUCUGGAGAGCCACCAAAUUAACUGUGAGAGGAUGCCCAAACCGGUUUGUCACAGCAACCUUCCUGUCGUUAAGGUUGAAGAAACUUGUGGCUGCCGAUGGAUGUGUCCCUGUGUCUGUAUUGGGAGCUCAUCUCGACAUAUUGUCACCUUUGAUGGGCUGAAUUUCAAGCUGACUGGCAACUGCUCCUACACCUUAUUUCAAGACAAGGAACAUGAUGUUGAAGUUCUGCUUCAUGAAGGACCAUGCAGAGCCAUGCCGAAGAUGAGCUGUAUGGACUCCAUUGAAGUGAAACACCGUGGUGUAGCUGUUCAGCUCUUCAGUGACAUGGCAGUGGCUGUAAAUGGUGAAAGGGUUCAGAUCCCUUAUUCCAGCAGUCUGUUUGAAGUCACUAUCUAUGGAGCAAUAAUGCAUGAAAUCAAGUUCUCCUCUCUUGGACAUAAUCUGACAUUUACCCCAAGAAACAACGAAUUCAUUCUUAAACUUAAUUCCAAGAGCUUUUCUUCAGGAACACAAGGGCUUUGUGGGGUGUGUGACCAGAACCACGUCAACGACUUCACGCUGCGUGACGGGUCAGUCACUCCUGACAGCAGCCUGUUUAUCCAGGACUGGACAGUGGAAAAGCCAGGGAAGAUCUGUGAGAUAUGGAGGGAAGACAAAUGCUCUGAGCAUGCAUCCAGCCUCUGCCAGCUUCUGCUCUCCCAUCAGUUUGCAGAGUGCCACGCGGUGAUCCCCCCCAACAUGUUCUACGAGGCCUGCGAGGAGAACAGCUGCUUCGAGGAUGAAGCCUGUGAAAUGAUCACCUCCUAUGCUCACAUCUGCAGGGAGAACGGGGUCUGCAUAGACUGGAGGACACCAGACAUCUGUCCAAUGAAAUGCCCCACGCAUUUGACAUAUGAUCACUGCCACAAAGCCUGCAUAAAGCACUGUGAGAACAGCACCACACUCAGUGUCUGCAAGGAUUAUCCCAUGGAAGGCUGCUUCUGUCCAGAGGGACAGGUGACUUUUAACAACAGCUGUGUGGCUGAAGAAGUCUGCACACAGUGCACCAGCGAGGAUGGCAGCCACCACCAGCACAUGGAAACAUGGAUUCCUGCCAAUGAGCCUUGCAAGAUAUGCACAUGCCUGGAUAACAAGAAAAUCAACUGCUCUGUCCAGCCUUGCCCUGCUGCCAAAUCUGUUCAGUGUGGCCCCUGCGAAGUCCCUCGCCUGCGCAGGGACAGCAGCCAGUGCUGCCUUGAGUUUGAGUGUGUCUGUGAUUUGGUAUCCUGUGAUUUGCCUCCUGUCCCUGCCUGUGAGUUUGGCCUGCAGCUGGCUCUGACCAACCCUGGAGAAUGCAGACCAAAUUACACAUGUGCAUGUAACCCAGAAACAUGCAGCACAGUUCAAAGACCUUCCUGCCCUCCUCAUCGAGAGCUGACUGUCAGGAAGACUGAGUGCUGUGACAAAUAUGAGUGCACCUGCAACUGCACAAACUCAACCCUGAGCUGCCCCCUGGGAUACCUCUCCAGAUCUCUCACCAACGACUGCGGCUGUGUGUCAACCACCUGCAUUCCAGGCAGGGUGUGUGUGCACAACAGCAUUGUCUACCCCAUCAGGACAACCUGGGAAGAUGGUUGCAGGGAAUGCUCUUGCACUGAUGUGAGGGAUGAUGUUACAGGACUUCAGGUGAUGGAGUGUCAUGCCAAAGCGUGCGACACGUUCUGCUCCCAGGGUUACAAGUACGUUGUGCAAGAAGGAGAGUGUUGUGGGAGAUGCCAGAAGACUGCCUGUGAGGAGCAGCUGUUCUGGUCUCGGGGUGAUGCAGAUUCUCGUCUACAUGAGGUUGGCACGGAGUGGAGGUCCCCCUUCAACCCUUGCAUUAUCAAUGAGUGUGUCCGGGUGAACAACGAGGUCUUCGUGCAGCAGAAGAAUCUUUCUUGCUCUCAGAUGGAUGUCCCUGACUGUCCAGAGGGAACUGAGCUGCGGUGUGACCAAGUAAUAGACUGCUGCCCUUCCUGCAGAUGUGUGCCCCUGAAUGGCUGUCCUUUGAAUGGCACUGUUAUUGGGCCCUGGAGACGCCUGAUGGUGGAUCCCUGCACGACGUGCCUCUGCUCUGCCCAGUCCACGUCUGCUCGCAGAUACACCCUGACCUGCACAAAGUUAACCUGUGAGCCCUGCCCAACAAAUUACAGAAGACAGGACACCUCUGGCUCUUGCUGUGGAAGAUGUGUGCCCACUUCAUGCACCAUCAGGCUGAGAGAUGGAAGGAUAAAGUUCCUGAAGUCCAAUGAAUCCCUUCAGGAUGGCUGUGACAGUCACUCCUGCAGAGUAAAUGAGAAAGGGGAAUUUAUCUGGGAGAGAAGAAUCACUGGCUGCCCUCCCUUUGAUUCCAGAAGAUGUUUGGCUGAAGGAGGCAGAAUUGCAAAAAUUGGCAGUACCUGCUGUGACACAUGUGUGGAAGUGGAAUGUCGACCAGUCAGCACCAGGCUGCAGUAUGGGAAUGUCAAUGGAUGUGUGGCUGAAAAGGAGGUGCCAAUUUCUCAUUGUGAGGGGAAGUGCAGAAGCAAUACCAGAUACUCUGCUCAGACAGGGCACUGGGAGGAUGUGUGCAGCUGCUGCACUGCCACCCAAACCACCACGGUGACGAUCCCCCUGCGCUGUGCCAACGGGACAGUGGUGCAGCACUACAUCCCUUCCGCCUCCCAGUGCGAGUGCCUCUCUCGCAGGUGCACACCAUGAAGGCUCCCAAGAACUCUGACCUCAGGCUUUAUGACAAAGGAACUUCACAGUGCAAGCCUCAUUACC